UUGUAGCUUUAGAUAAGUUUCAUACUUUCCCAUUUGAUUAAAUGGGUACUGAUUAAUUCGGUUGCCCGAACAUUUGCAUAAUUCUGUAAUUCUAUCCUUAUUAAGCUUCGACUCCAAACCUCACCUUCGGGUCCAAACCUCAUUUUGCUCCUCUCUCUGAUCGUUGAAAGCUUCGCAUUAAUUAAAUCACUUUAUCUCUCUCUCCCAGCUAAAAAGAUAGAAAAAAAAAUCUCUUUCGCUUUCAAACCCUAACUUUUUUUUUUAUUUAAAAUUUUCCAGAAUUUUUUUGACACUCUUCAAGAUCGAUUUUUUUCGAGCUUAGUUCUUCACUACUUUACUGUAGUAAUUUUCUUCUCACAAAAAUUUGGCUGCCGAAUAGUUUUGGCUGGAUUAUCUAUGCCUGGGAACGAAGUUGGAGACAGGAUCCAUAAUUUCCUUGGCCAAGAGAGUUUCUCCCAGGGCCAGCAUCAAUCACAGGUUAUUGAUGGUACCUGGCCUGGCUUAAGUAACAGUCUCUGGGUUGGAAGCCAGAGACAAGUUGGUGGGCCUCUUGUUUCCAGUUUGAAGAAUUUAAGUGUUCAUCAAUUAGAGUCUGACAGAGGACAUGGUGGUCAGUCUUCAAGCCUGCAGCAUGGGCUUUACUUCAGUCAAUCAGGUCUGAGGCCUGACUUUGCCAGAAGUCAAUUGCAAAACCAAUCACCAACUGCAAAUGGCUAUAUACAAGGGCAUCAGGCUUUCCCAGCAAGGCAGAAUGAAACAAACUUUUUAGGAGUGGAUACGUCAUCUAGAGGCUUAUCAGUUCUUGAUUCACCAAUAGGAAAUGGCCCUGAUUUUCAUAAAAAAAAUUCAUCAAGGUUAGAACCUACAGAAUCUCCCAAAAAUUAUGAUUUUUUUGGAGGGCAACAACCAAUUAGCGGAAAGCAUCCUGCCAUGAUCCAAUCCUUGCCCAGGCAGCAAUCAGGUAUGACUGACAUGCAGCUGUUACAGCAACAUGCUAUAAUGCAAGAAUUACUGAGACAACAACUUCCAAAGCCACAGUUUCACCUACCAGAAGCAAGGCAGUUGAGCUCUACGAAUCAGGUAUCAGACAGUCUUUCUCCAGCUCCAAUCAAUGGUGUUCCUGUCCGUGAUGUUUCAAAUCAUACCUGGCAGUCUGAGCACAUGACGCCAAAUGCAAAUUGGCUACAGCAUGGUGCCUCUCCAGCCAUGCAGGGAUCCUCUGAUGGAUUUAUGUUUUCCCCUGAACAAGGGCAGAAGCAUUUGAUGGGAUUGGCUCCUCAACAGGUUGAUCAGUCAUUUUAUGGGAUUUCUACCACUGGUGCUAGAGGAAAUCCAUAUCAAUAUUCUUCUUCUCAAAUGGAUAAACCUUUAAUACAGCAGGUGCCUGCUAGCAGUAAUCCCUUUCCGGGUAAUCAGUCUGCUAUGUUUUCAGAUCAAGUUGGCUUGCAAGAUGGAACUUUGAUUUCUAGACAGCAUGAUCAGGGUAAAAAUGUAUUUGGGGAUGUGCCUGUGCAAGGUUUAAAUAGUGUUCAUUCACAAAACUUGCAGCAAAUGGUUAUCCAGCCAAAAAAUGCUGUGAUGCAACAGUCUCCUCGGAGGCAAGAACAUUGCAGUCCUCCAGAAGCAUCCCUGGAGAAGGCAGCAGUUCAGGUUUCCUCCUCCCAGAAUGUGGCUAUGCUGGAUCCAACUGAAGAAAAGAUUUUGUUUGGUUCAGAUGACAGUAUGUGGGAUAUCUUUGGAAAGAGCACCAACUCGGGUUCAGUAUUGGAUGCUACAGACUCUUUAGGGGGAUUUCCUUCUCUGCAAAGUGGAAGCUGGAGUGCUCUUAUGCAGUCUGCUGUAGCAGAAACACCGAGUAAUAAAAUAGGGGUACAGGAAGAGUGGAGUGGUUUGGGUAUGCAGAAUUGUGAACCUCCAAAUCGGAACAUGCCUGCAUCAACUGUCAAUGACGUCAGCAAACAGCUAUCCCCUUUGACUGAUUACAACUUGCAAAAGGCCCUGACUUUGAACUCUAAGCCUUUUCCCAUGUCUAUGGAUGCCAAUAUCAAUUUUGACUUUUGUAGUGUUCCUGGGGUUCAACAAUCAGGAGUUCAGACUACAAAUGAACAGAUGAGGAUGCAUAAUGAUACCCCUCAGAGGUCUGUUCAACAGCUAACAGAAGGACAAAGCAAAUGGUCAUAUCAGAGUCCUCUACAAAAGAAUGUAGCUGAAAGUGCUCAACUCUUAGAAAAUGUUGCUCAGAGUCCUGAUGUGCAAGUAAGUGCAAGGAGCAUUUCAAGUCCCCAAGGCAUAGCUGCAUAUGAUCCUCGUGGUCAAAUCCACAAUAAGCCAAACAGUUGGAACUUUGUUGAGUCUGCAUCACGUAGUGGUGGUGCCAUAUCAAAAAGUCAGGAUGCUGAAAGCUCGUUGCAGUCGUCUCAGAAUAAUGAUCACAUAGGUUCUAUGUAUGAGAGAGGUCAUGGUUCUGCUCUUGAUCAUCCUGAAUCACGGAAUGUGAAUUCCAGCUUGGGAAGCCCAGAGGUGAAUCGGGAAGGUUUUGAUCAGGAUAAUGUUGCUGCAAUAACAGAUUCAAGAACCACAAGGGUCACCAAGGAGAGCAGCCAGCAGCUUCCAAACAGCCAUAAUCUUACUCUUUGGAGAAGUAUUGAUUCUAAAGUAAAUUCUGGAUUAAGCAGGGUGCCAGCAAAUUUUAAGGAAAAUCUGGAUAAGAGUCCUCAAGCUUUUGAUUCCUCUGGAAAUAAUUACUUGGACAAGGGACUGUCUGAAGCAAAUAUGGAGAACCUCAAUGUCAAAGAAAAUUCAAAUGACAGUUUUCGCCGUAACUUUUCCCACCAUACUUCCACUGGUGGCAAUAGAGAAAAUGUCUGGUUGGAUGCAAAUGAUCCACAGGGAGCAAAACAGAAGUCAUCUGUUCAAGUUAGUCAUAAACCUUAUGGAACCCGUAACUUCCAGUAUCAUCCUAUGGGGGAUCUGAAUGCGGAGGUUGAACGUUCUUAUGGAAAUAAAAGUGUCACACAAAUGCAGGGAAGACCCAAUGGUUCCCAAGGAUCCAAAGUUCAUGACCAAGGAUAUUUUGGGCAGUCAAAAUAUACUUGUCAUGCCGCUGGAGAGUCUACAGACACUGAAAAGGGUUGUUUUCAGGGCAUUCAAGUAGACGAGGUACCUUCCAGAAGCUCAAAUCCUGGUUCAUGUGAGAGAUCUUUUGGUGGUUUUAUGCCAAACAAGACAGCUUCAAAUAGUAAAAAUAUGUUGGAGCUUCUUCAAAAAGUUGAUCAGCCAAGGGAACAUGGUACUGCAACACACUUGAGCUCUUCUGAAUGCAAUCAAUCAUCUGAAAUGCCAGAUGCAGAGAAUUCUGAUGGAUCUGUAGGCCAAUUUGAAUAUAAUAAGCCUUCUGCAUCUCAGGGUUUUGGUUUAAAACUGGGUCCUCCAUCUCAAAGGUUUACUAUUCCAGAUCGUGUAAUUUCAUCUCAGAGUUCUCUGCAAGGAGUUAAUUCUUUAAAUUCAGUUCAUGUUUCUUCUGAGGUAGGAAGGAAGGAUCGUACAUGGUUGGGUUCAACAGCUUCUGGUCAGUCCUCGACUCAUGGAGCAUCCCAAGAAGAUAUUAUGAAUAAUGUUUCAAGUGUUUCUGGUCUAACCGGCAAUAAAGGUUCUCAGUAUAAUAUCCAGGGCAAUGUUUCUGCGGGUUUUACCUCUGAUUAUUCUUAUUUAAAAAGUCAUCUUCAAAGCCAGCAUUUUAUUGGUGCGGGUAGACAGAUAACACCAAGUGAAUCUGUCAAUGCACCUUUUGUUGGGUUGGCAUCUGAGUCAAAGCAGAUUGAUGACUCUUCUGAGAGAGCUCGAACUAGUCAAUUGGUUGGCAAAUCAGCACCUCGCAAACGUAAAACUGCUCCAGAUGACGACUUUUCUUCUUCAGAGACUUCUUUUCCUAGUAGUAGCACUGGAAAACAAAACCUUGCACAGGAUUCAGGUCAGCAGUUUCCGGUGUUGGAGGCUAUGCCAGCUUCCCAACCCUCUGCCACUGCUGAAUCUUCUCAGCAUGGUGCUUAUACACAAAUGCCCAAUGUUUGGACCAGUAUCUCAGCCCCAGAAUAUCUAUUAGGAACUCAGUUCUCUCAGGCGUCACAAAAUUUGUUGAAUCCUCAUCAACAGUCAAAUAGUAACUCAGAAAAAACUCUUCCUGGAUCAGAGAAGCUAGACGAUCAAAUUGCCCGGGCAGGAAAUAGUGGCCAAUCUGAGUUCCCUGCAGGCUUUGCUAAACCAAAAAGCUUUGUUGGAGAAGAGCAGCCAGAAAAAGCCCAACUGGGAUUACCGGAGAAUAAUGCCAUCCAAAAUCCUGUAAGAAUGCAAAGAGACAUUGAAGCUUUUGGCCGUUCUUUAAGACCAGAUGGUGCUGUGUGUCAGAAUGAUUCAUUGUUGCAUCAGGUGCAGGCCUUGAGAAAUACAGAGGUUGAUCCAAGGAGUGUUAAAAAAUUUAAAGGUCUACCUCCAGACUCUGAUUUGGAUGCUCAGCAGGAAAGUUCCCAGGGUGCAGAGCAGUUAUCUUAUGGAUCCAGUACUACGAUGAGAGAUGCCCUGGUUAACUGUACUUCAGUUCCUUCUGGAGAUUCUAAAAUGCUGAGCUCUUUAUCAAACACUGGAGAUAACCAUGAGACACAGUUAUCUGCUAAUAAUAUGUUGGCAUUUGUUCGGAAUGAUCCCCAACAUUUCUUCAAUUCUAAUAAUUCAGCUUCUAAUAUCAGGGUUGAACACUCUCAGAUCAGUCCUGAGAUGGCUCCAUCCUGGUUUAAUCAGUGUGGGGCAAUUAAAAACGGGAAAAUUUUGCCCAUAUAUGAUGCUCGGAAAAUUGCCAUGAUGAAUGCUACAGAAAAAGCAUCCAUUGUUGGUUGGGCUUCUGACAGGUUGCCUGUUCAUUCAAGUAAGCAGAUUAAUACCGUUGCUGAUGCUAGUCUGAUGGAUAACCGGGAAAGCUCAAACUUUAUGCCAAUAGCAAGUGAGUACAUCUCCCCUCACUCACUGCCACCUGAUAUUGCAAAUCAGAAUUUGGUUGUUGCGAGAGCAAAGAAGCGCAAAAGUAUGAUGUUUGAGUUUCUACCAUGGCAUAGAGAGGUGACUCAAGGUUCUCAAGGGCCUCAGAACAUCAGUGUGGCAGAAAUGGAAUGGGCUUAUGCAGCAAAUUGGUUGAUUGAGAAGAUUGAGGAUGAAUCUGAAAUGAUUGAAGAUUGGCCGCCAGUUUUUAAAUCCAAAAGAAGGCUUGUUUUGACAACACAGCUUAUGCAGCAACUACUUCGUGCUCCUCCAAGAGUAGUUCUUUCUGCAGAUGCCAGCAAAAACUAUGAGACUCUGACCUAUUUUGUUUCUAGAUCAGUGUUAGGGGAUGCAUGCAACACGGCAUAUAUACCUGAAAGUAAUACAGCUGUUCCUCCUGGAAGCAGAAGCAUCCUCUCUAAAAAGCUUAGGGAGGAGAGAAAUCAAUCCAUCUUAAAGGCUGCAGAAGAGUUCAUCAUCAGGGCAAAGAAGCUGGAAAACGAUUUACAGAGUCUGGACAAGAGAGCCUCAAUCUUGGACUUGAGACUGGAAUGUCAGGAUCUAGAAAAGGUUUCAGUCAUCAAUCGUUUUGCCAAGUUCCAUAGCCGGGUGCAAGCUGACGGGGCUGAGACCUCAUUGUCCUCAAAUUUGAGUCCUCGCAAAUUCUCCCAAAGAUAUGUUAUCGGACUACCAAUGCCUAGGAAUCUACCUGAUAGGGUACAAUGUCUUUCACUUUGAUCAUUAAUUGAUUGAUAUUUUUUUGUUGUUUUUUGUUUUGGGGGGGAGGGAGGUUGGAGGAGAGUGAACGGCCAUUGUUAUCCGUCAUUCUUCUCUUACUAUGCUCCAAGUUCUUUUGCUCAUAAUUGAACCACACAAACAAAAAUGUAGGAUAAGAAGCACGUAGAUCUUCACACAUUGUAGGCCAUUGAUUCUUCAUGCUGAUCAGGUUUAAACAUUUUGAAAUUUCUUGGUUGCAUGUAUGUAUGUAUGUAUGUAUGUAUGUAUGUAUGUAUGUAUGUAUGUAUGUAUGAUGUAUGCAUGCGUGUAUGUAUGUAUGUAAUGUAUGUAUAGAAAGAAUUGGAAUAAAAAAUCAAUCUUCAUUGGAA